AUGCAGUAUUCCGGAGGAAAAGCGAAGUCUUGCUAUAUAUUUCGCCUUGUUCACAUGGAUGAUUUCCUCGUGAUGAUCUACCCCAGAUAUGGAGCAGAACGACAUGAGGGGAACAAACUGCUAGCACGAAGAUGUCUGCAAAAGCUCCAUGAUUGCGCAGUCUGGGGAUCGCCGAGCGAUGACUAUCGCUGGAUUUGGUGGGAUCCUGGACAGAAAAUGCAGAAUAGGUUUUGCGAAGAAAAGAGGAAUCUGCGAUGGCUACCGACCUGGUUUAAAAGCUAUAGCUACAUUGCUGCCGAUACUAUUUGGAACCCAGGGCCCCCUCCUCGCCACAGGAAUACUUCUACGUCGGACUUCUGCAGUGGAUAUGCUUCUCUCAGACCUAUGACCGGGGCGCUUUCGAGAAGUCAUACACCGAGAUCCAUAACAAGUCGAACAAUCUACUAUGCACUUGGAGGAAGCAAUGUUACGAGCUCGUAUAGCCAAUUGUUCUUUCAGCGUGGCUAUCAGCAUGCGCCAACGCGAGGAAAGGCAAGACAAAGUCGCCAGUAUCGAAGCGAAUGCGCCAGAGAGUGCAGGUUUGAGCGAGAACAUCUCGAAUAUGCAAGCAACAUAGACAUACUUCAACGCCACUUGCACUAUACAUCUUGCAGCACUCUGAUGCGCUUAGGACUUGCAGGUCGUGGUACAGGAGAUAUACGCAGUUUUUCGCUUCCAUGCCUCUUCAGCCAGAAUUAUGAGAGUUCGAUCGCCUCAAAUGCACCACACUGUACCAAGGCAAGUUCUCCAGAAGGCAGAAUAAAGACAAUGAAAAGGCUCCGAGAUUUCCGUAAGCAUCAAGUCUGGUCUGCUCGGAUGGCACUGCAACCGUCCAAAUAUACAGAGCUUCUAGGACCACCGGCCGGGACUCCGCGAUUUGGGCUCUCUGUCACCAGUUCAUCCGAUCAGAUACCUCUAUUGAUCCUAACCCAAUCAAGGCGCAAAGAAGCUUUCUCAACAAAUUCCAGCACACUGAUCCCUAACGUUUCUAUCAAGCAUAAUCAUGUCAAGAAUGUGGAAACAGCGGGGAGUGUUGAUCAUAUUGCUGGUUUAGCUGUGCGAUACUCUGCAGCCCCUGCAGGUGGUCGAUCAAGCUUACCAUGUCGUCUGGAGGCCCGCCAUCGUACAGGAUUAGGCUUGGAAGAAGAAAGGAAUAUAGACUCUUGCACGCAACAGAAGGGGCCACUGUGCAUAUUUCGCUCUAGAACAAAGGAGUCCCGGGAGAGGAAGAAGCAGAAAUUGAGAGGACUUUUGGAAGGAAAGGUUCCUAUUAGCGAGCUGAGUAGAUGGGAGCUACAGUUCAUAGAUGGGCUGGACCGGAGACUGGAAUGGCUCUACAACCAGCUCUGCCCAGGCCGGAGACCUUACCAUUUCGCGCUGCUUGCGAACCACUGGCUCAAUAAAGAAACUUGGCUGGUAAUUGACCCACCUACGCGAGUAUCUAUCGACGCUAGAAGGCGACUAGGAGAUCCAAGAUUCAACUCGCCAUAUCCAAAGCCUGACUGCAGCGCGAAACCAAAGUACCCAAGGGUGCCACGCAAAGCAGUCUAUACUCCUAAAAUCAAUUCAUGGAGGCUAGCUGUUAACAAACACCGAAAAGCGUCUGGACUACGUGACAUGGUCAAGACAAUCAGAAUCUACCCCGAUGCGACAGAUGAUCCACCAGAUGGGAAGGUUGACCCAUCAUGCUGGAUGCUUCGCAGACCCCCGCAAGGACCGUUCAUGUUAGCCCGACAAAGAAAUGUGUAUUAUGAAGGAGGGGCAGGCUGGCAAGAGACAUUCGAUGAUUGGCAAAAGAUCGGCCACAGUUAUCUAAUUCGGAAAUUCAUCCAUGAAGGCAGGGUCAACAGAACAAGAGCAAAAGAAAUUGCAGGAGUAAUCAGCAGGUAAUUUCUCAUAUGGCAUCAGCAAAAGGCUCUUGAUCUGCGAACGACUCAUGUUUGGUCCGCUGACAGGCCCGCGCGUUUUGGGCAGGAAUUGUGUGGUCGCUCUGCAAACAAUUGGAAGGUGUCAAGGGCGGUUAUAUAUCUGUGUGAAAGGAUGAUGUACGGGACAAAUAACAUAAUGCAGCCUCUGUAUGGUCUAUCUGUAUUGUUAUGAUGCCUUCUGGCGCUGCCAUCGGUUCCCAACAACCGCCUAUUCUUACGAAUGUGAAAAUGCCAUCAAAUGCCAAGUCUCUGAAAUCGAAUUGAAUCCUGUGCCUUAGGCCUGAAUAAAGAACAUGGUAAA